AUGCCCAAGCCGAUACGUGGGAGAACUUUCACCGACAUCGUUCCCGACUACAAGAAAACCGUAAAAAUCUACGCGAAUGGGACUCUCCGUUUGAUGGAGAAAACCUAUGUGGACACAGUGUGCUCAUUAAUGCUCAAUCAUUUCCCCUUCGAUCGUCAAGUUUGUCCAAUGAAAUUCAUGGUUUACUCGUAUGAUUUUUGGGAAGUGUCGAUGACGUGGCAAAUCAAUGAUUUUCAGUUAAAGUACUCGAGUACAGGAAAUUGGGAGGUGACGAAUAUCACCGGCGGGAUUCAAUUCUUUCCUGAGACUUUUUCAUUCGAUGCAGUAAUCUUCGAAGUGUCCCUCAAACGGCAACCAGAAUUCUACUUCUUUGUCAUCAUCAUCCCAACAUUCUCUCUCUGCAUCCUAUCAACAACUGGACUCUUUUGGACAGCUCUAACAGAUAGGAAUCAAAUCGAUAAGCAAAUGCUCGGUUUCGGAAGUCUCGUCUCAUUGAUGGUCAUUCUCGAUAUCGUUUCUGGAAAUCUUCCAAAAACAAGUCACUUUCCAUUAUUGGGAUUCUACGUGUUGAUUUCUGUCUUCAUCCUCUGCAUCUCUUGUUUUGUUCUCACCGCGAUUCCACUCAAAAACGAGAAGAAGAAAAAAGAGAAUCAAAAAGAAAUCGAUGAAAAAGAUAAAAAAGAAUUGAUCGAUUCAAAGAUUCGUUUUUGGAAGCGUCUCCUCAGAUGGCAAGACAUCCGCCUCUCUUGGCGCCCGGAGUUGUUUGGUGGGAUCAACCAUAUUUGGGUAGCCUACACAUCGGUGUGGAUUCCCGAGAAUACCCAAUCCGAUACAGUCACCAUGAAUGACAUCAUUCCAUACUACAAGAAAACCGUGAAAAUCUACGCGAAUGGAACGCUUCAAAUGAUGGAGAAAACCUAUGUGGAGACUGUUUGUCCGUUAAAUCUUCAAAAAUUCCCCUUUGACGAGCAGCUUUGCGCAAUGAAAUUCAUGGUUUGGUCUUACGAUUUCUACGAAGUUUCAAUGACUUAUGGGAUCAAUUAUUUUGAUUAUUCAUUGUAUUCAGGAAGCGGGAACUGGAAAGUAACAAAUGUCACCGGAGAUCUUCAACACUUUACUUCGCCUGAAUAUUCUUUUGAUGAGGUCUUUUUCUAUAUGUGUCUGAAACGUGAGCCUCAAUUCUACGUCUUCGUCAUCAUAUUCCCAACUUUUAUCCUCUCAACUCUUACAGUUUUUGGCAUUUUUUGGACGCCAAGCAAUAAGAAAAAUUACGUGGAUAAGAUAAUCUUAGGCCAAACGAGUCUCAUCUCGAUCACACUUUUGUUAGACAUUGUGGCUGCUGACCUUCCACAAACAAAACAAUUUCCUUUAUUGGGUUUCUAUGUCUUGAUCUCAACACUGAUACUCUGUUUGGCGUGCUUCUUUGUCACACUUGCUCCAUUGAAAGUCGAGAAGAAAGAGGACGAACUUAAACCCCUUUGGCUUCGAAUAAUCAAAUGCUGGAAUUUUUGGUUUCAAAUCACUCUCCAACUAUUGAAUUUCAUCAAUUUCAUCUUUUUACUAUCUUUUUGGAAA